AUGGCUGUCACCAGCUACCCCAAAAGUUGGAAAUUAUCUCAAGACAACGAGCCCCUUUUGCUUGCUGGUUUCCAGCAUUCGGCGCCUUAUGCCACGAUUAGAAAGGGGAAAUUUAAAGGGUUAAUUGACAGCAGGCCCCUGCGCUGUCGAUACCAUUCGGUGGAUCGCAAUUUUUGUGUUUGUGGAUCUCUACCACUGGUCUCUAGUCCUUUGCGCAAGUGUUCUCCAUCUUCCCCCGAGAACGCUCUCGGCCAGAUACAAAACAUAAACUUACGACCAUCUUCUUCUUCGAGCUCCUCGAGUUCUUCCGGCUCUUUUCCCUCGCUGACACUUUCGUAUUUCUCCAAAGUUGGGCGCCCUAGACAGUGGAGCUACGAAACUUCUCAUAAUGGGAAGGAGAACGAGAAUAGCGAGAAUACUACGUCGUACGCGGUACACGAAGCUUCUGGUCCGACAACAAUAACCUUUGGCAAAUCACAAACUAAGAACGUUACUGAGCUGUUGAAUUCAUUUGACACUGACGCAUCCACCGCGUUUGAUGGAGCAUCUACUGGCACGGGGAAGAUCAUCAAGUUUGUCUCGGGUUCAGACUUCAUGUUCAACAAAAAGUUGAUGACUUUGCUCCAUAAAGAUAAGGAGAUGAAGUACGAAAGCCUUGAAGGGAACAACCACAGUUUUGCACCAGACACUCAUGGUCUUUCCAAACAACCAAACACUUAUUCCAGCAUAUCCUUUCAAACUGAAACCAAGGAGGCUGGUCUCGACAAGCUACGUUGUCGUCCUUGUGGGAAGAAGAACAAGAUCUUCUUAAACUAG